GUGGUGUUUGGGUGUAGUGUUUAAUUUAAGUUUUGACACUAUAAACGGUAUUAAGCUAUAAGUAUUGGAAGGUAAUCGAGUGAUUAUGUAGGUGGGCAUUCUGUAAUGAUGCCGGACGGAUGUAGACAUGCUCCCGUAAGGUUGUUUCACUGGGGAAAGGACAGUGUACGGAGGUUUUGCCGGAUGUCGUAUUGAGGUUAGUCGCGGGGGAGCAAAAGAUAGGAGAGAUAAAGUUGGAUAUGAAGAUUCUUCUUUGAUAAACGGAUUAAAAUUGGGUGAAAAUGGCCACUACGACUAGUGUUAAUACUUCGUGUACUCCGUUUUUGAAUGCGGUAUGUCCAGUGAUUGAAAAUCUUGAACAAAAUACCCAUUUUAACCUUGAAGACCAGACCCAAGUGAAAAAUUCCAAAUAUUCUAAAGCAUGGUCUGAUUUAAAAUCGAUUGAUUGGCCAUUAGGUAAUACUACUCUGGUUAAGGCUAGUUUAAAGUCUUCAUAUUUGAACAUUUCCAGACCACCAUUAGAUAAUUUGAAUGGGAAUUGUAAUGAAUCAACUACUUAUAUUUCGCUCCCGUUUCAUAUUAACGAACAAUUUAGUAAAAUCGUAAUGGAAAAGGAAAUUGCAAAGCAAUCGGAUGGUAGUUUACAUAUAGGUGCUAAUGUUAAUCCUUUAAUCCAUGAUCCUUUCAAAUUAGUUCAUUUAAAUCCAAGUUGUUUAACAAAUAUGAUUGAUUUAACUAAUUUCCAUUCAAGAAAUCGAUUAGAUAAUCAUGAUCAAAAUGACCAAAAUACCAAAAAUCCUUUUAAUAAAAUGACUAAUAGUUUUAAUAAACUAUUAAAGAUCACUACUACUUAUACUCAAUCGAAUAGCUCAUUUGAAAAAGAUACUUCAAAUUUUAAUAGCUUAAUCAACUAUUUCAAUUCCGAUUCAAGUAAAUCAAAUACUUCAAAUUCAUAUAUUUUUGAUAGAUUACUUAAUUAUGAUGGUGAUCAUUAUUUCAAUCAAAUAUCAAAUACAAAUACCGCCAAACUAUUGGUUUCUGCUCAUGUUAACGUGGUAAAUAUAAUUCCAAUUGACACUAAUGGUAAUUAUAUCAAUACUCUGGAGUCACCUUCCGAUGAAGAAGGAGUGUCAAAAUCAAUUGAAUCACCUCUUUUAAGAUUUCAGUUCCAUAGAAGUGUUUUGAUCACUUGCUUGAAAACUUUUACUGAUAAUAAUGAUGAUCCUUUUAUCUUAUUGGGCUUGAACUCGGGGACAAUUCUCAUUAUUAAUCUUUCACAGUUGACUAUACGUAUAUUUGAUGACUUGGGAUUACAUUCAUUUAAACAGGAAACCGAUUUAAAUGGGUUAAUUUCUCAUUCAAUGACUACGGCUGUUAUAAGUUUGGAUACAAUUUACCAUCCUAAUUAUGAAUUCUUAAUUGUUGCUGGGUAUGCUAAUGGAGAAAUUUUAAUGAUUGAUCCUUACGAUGAUAGCCCUGUUGAACAAAGUGCAAAAUAUGUUAAAAAAGUAGUGGGUAAAGAUGAUUAUGUUACCUAUUUUAAAAAAACUGAUUUAUCACCAUUGAUAAGUAAACCAGAAAGGAAAAGAUCAAGAUCAAUCACGAGUGAUAAAGACUUGGAUCAAAGUCCUAAUUACUUAAUUUUCCAUAUAAAAUUAAGCCAUAAACCAAUCACCGGGAUAUCAAGUACUAUCCGUUAUAAUGAUAUUGGCAAUAGCUUAAAAUCUAAAAAUGUUCCACCUAAUCCAAUGGUUAUUGCAUUUGCAUCCGAUGAUGGAUUAGUGAGACUAAUUGAUCUUGUUUCGACAUUUCAAAAUAAUUAUGGAGAAUAUCAUAAUUCUUUAAAUAAUUCAAUUGUUACUGAUAUAAUAUCGAAUUAUUUUCAUGAUGGCAUAACUGACGUUGAAUUUUCUCCUGAUAAUCGAUUUUUAUUUAUUGCUGGUAAAGGAGAUUUAAUCGAAGUUUUCAAAAUGACUUAUUAUAAUGUUAAUGGGUUAUUAACGAAAAACAUUAAUCAGUCCCAAACAAACUUACCGGGGAAAAGAUCUAGAAGUGGUACUGUUAAUAGUUAUAAUUCUGGAAGUGGUACUAUUGGAACUUCAGGGAAUAAUAAUAAUAGUAUAUUUUUAUCGCCAAUUAAUACUUUUGAUGUAUCAUCGAGAAAUGGAGAGGAUCAUAAUGAACCUUCACAAUUGUUACCUCCUAUAGUGAAAGAAGUCAAGAUUGUCACUCGAAUUAAGGGACAUAGUAAUACUGUGAAAAAAAUUGAAUUUAUUAAAAAUGAACAAUUAAAUGAACCAUCACCGGUUUAUAAAUUAAUAAGUUGUGGAUACGAUGGACGGGUUAUUGCUUGGGAAUUUGAUUAUAAAGCGUUACCCCGGGUUAAAAGCAAGCCGGUAAAAAGUAAACCCAAGAAAGAAGUGACGAACCCAGUUAAACAUCAUAGUGGACCGGUGACGAGAUUUCCAACUUUGAAUCAAAGUUUAGCGAUCAAACCAAGCAAUAGUCAAACUUUACAUACACGGAAUCGAUCAUGGAAUUUCCAUAACGAUGAAAACCCGUUGGGUAUUGGAGGAAUCAAUAAUAGUAUGAAUAAGAUGUUGGGGACCGCGGUGCCAAUGAUUAAUGAACCCAGUAGUGGGAAAUCCAACGAAGAACAGAUGAGGAUAAUCUACUCUAUAUAUAAAUCAUUAUAUGAAUUAAGAUUGAAAAGACAUUAUACUCGAAUUUUCAGUGAACAGAAUCAGAAUUAUUCGAAUCAUCAUAAGAAAUUUCAAAGUUUAAUUCAUCCCGUUAUUGAUGAUAAGUUAGUUCCGUCGAUCAAGAUUCCAUUGAUUAAUAUAGAUAUGUCAUUUUUCAUAAAAGAUGGAAAAAUUGAAGGGGUUUAUUUAGAUUUGUUUAAUUUUUGGAUAUUUGCCAAAAGUGGCGAUGUAUUUAAAAUUGAUAUUAAUUAA